CGCCUGUGGUCGCGUCCACACACUGUCUUCCUUUCAUGCCUCGCCCACCCAAGUCCAAAUCAUACAGUCGAGGACAAAAGCGACCAACUGCUUCCAGUCUAUCUCCACUCAACCUUAGGCCAGUCGAUUCCUCAACUUCGAACACGGAAAACACCAACAAAAGAUUAGUGGCGGAACGCGCUCAAAUACGUGAAUCACGCGCUAGGCAGAGAGCAGAGGCUAGGAAUAAAUUGAAACAGGAGGUAUGGUUGCAAUUGAUUUCUAAAUGCUGGACCUGCUACUGCCCAAUCUAGGGAAACGACCUCUUCAAACAAGCUAGAUACUCUGAAGCGGCAAAGAAAUACGAACAAGCCGUCAACCUCGGCGGGAAGAAACCUGUUCUGUUGACAAAUUUAGCUGCAACAUAUUUAAAACUUGGGUUAUUUGAUCAAGCCGAGGAGAUUGCUACAGAAGCUUUGAUACACGACCCAUCCAAUGUAGAGGCUCGUUAUCGUCGUGCCCUCGCUCGAAAGGAACAGCGACGGGCCAUAGGUGCUAUAAUAGGUCGGUAUCUUGCUAUAUCCCGCCUCUAUAUGUAGCCAACCUUUCUCUAGAUUUCGAAACCAUCCUUCGAUUCGAUCCUGGCAUACCGGACGUCGCCUCUGAGUUACGAGCUACGAGAGUCCUCGAACAAGGCGAAAACUCCUUUUCUGACGACCAGUUCACCGAGAGUGAAUACGAGUGGCCACCGUACGACAAAGACGACCGAGCAGAAGUAACCUCCGACUCCGGCUCUAGUGACUGUGAACAUAGUGGUAACGGGAUAUCCUGCAAGUACUACAACCAAGGUCGAUGUACCCGUGGAAAUGAGUGCCUUUACUCGCACGCGCCUGACGACAGAAGCAUUCGGGAUAGAUUGUAAGCCGAACCCACUCCUCCUCGGCCCUUCUACGCGCUGAUGAAUCGUUUCAGGGGAAGAAACGUUUGCCUAUUCCACAUCCUUGAUUGCUGCGAAUUCGGUGCAAAAUGCAUGUAUUCACAUGACAAAGCCUACUUGCCGGACAAAGGAUGGUGGAAGAACGAGGAGCUGGUAGAAGCAUUAUUUCAAGAGGUCUUGAUGGUUCGUUUGCACAUCCCCCAUGGCGAAGACGAAAGACAAGUGGUCGAUAUGAUACACAAGCUCAUAAGCAGCAGCCGUCUGAACCCUCCCCGCGAUAUCGACACCAUCCGGACACGAGGAACCUGGGGACACAACCUCAAUCUCCUCCACAAAGCUAGGGAAGAAGGCGAGUCUUUCGUCAACGCUCUGGUCGCGGUUGCCACUUCUCCCGGUUACGUGAUGGUCCUUUCUCUCCGCUGUGAGAACUGGAUUCAGGACAACAAACAGUUUGUCUGCACCCUUCGAGAGAAAGUCCACAUCAAACAGGUGUUCACAGCGAAAAUGGCCCUGUCGUUCAUGAACUCUCGGGAUUUGUGGGGUAUCUUCAUAACUGACUUCGGUAUCGCGGACGCGGAGAAUAGCAGGCUCCUGAAUAAAAUUGUCGAAUAUGCGAAAGCCGGCGGUCUGGUGGCCGUAGGGGGGCUAUUCAGCAGGCACAUGAGCAACCCGAGACUACAAUUGUUCUUCCGUGCCUGGGGUCUUCCGUGGGACCUAGGCGCUUGUGAUGGUACUAGUGCUACAUUCGAAAGGAACCCCGCAUCCGAAAUGGUCCAAAAGAACCCGUCGUUGCCUUCUAGUAGUAACAUGAAAGCGGUUCAUUUGCGGGGCGUCGCCAAGGAGUGUGCCGUGUACUUGUCAAACCCAUGUUCUGCUCUGCCUACCAAUGACAUUAAAAGGACUGAGGAAUUCGCGGUCGUGCGUACGCGGAUCGGCAAGGGAUAUUUCGGAUACAUUGGAGGGAAUGAAGAGGGGGUUUCUGUGACCAUUCUUCUCGCUAUGCUGGGCUUGUUGGAUGACACGACGGAAAAUUCCGGACUGCCAGAUCUUGUCCGUGGCCACGUCCAGAAUCUUCUACAACCGCGCAAUCCUUUGUACGAUGAUAGUCGGCGUGUUCGACGGGCUGGUAGAAAGGCGUGGUCUAACACGUUGACCGAAGGACUAUUGGAUGCUGGUAUGGAUCGAUAUGAGAUUCGGGAUUUAGUACGAGCAGGGUCUGGGCCAAGUUUCGAUUUUUGAUAGGAUUUAAGUGGCUCCGUGUGCAGUGCGGGAUAAUGCUAGUAACUAGUUACCUGACAGUACUCUAUACUCACGAACGGCCAUAGUUCCGAACUUCAAGGACGGAAUAUGACUGACAGGACUUCCCAAGAUGGCAAGUCAAAACAU